AAACCUGUGGGCUGCCCUUAGUAAAGAUGGCGGAGUUUAUGACCGUGUUCCUGCCUAUGAUGACGCAAGCAAGCCGGGCUUGCCCAUAACGGCGGCGACGGCUGCUUCCGGGUUUCCCGGGGUCGCUGGUAGGGUUCCAGGCCCGGUGCUGCCCUGAGGUGGUGGGUCAGUGCGGACCGUGGGGAAAAUGGCGGCGGCCGACCGCUCCUCGAGCAUCGUGGAGUACUUCGGGGGAGAGGCCGGCUACCGCUGCGGCUACUGCAAGAACGUGACUGGCAACCUCUCCCACGGCAUGUGGGCGCAUUCAAUGACCGUUCAAGAUUACCAGGAUCUUAUAGACAGAGGAUGGCGAAGAAGUGGGAAGUAUGUCUACAAGCCCAUUAUGAAUCAAACGUGUUGUCCUCAGUAUACAAUAAGAUGUCGACCUUUACAUUUUCAACCUUCCAAAUCUCACAAGAAAGUUCUAAAGAAAAUGUUGAAAUUUCUUGCUAAAGGGGAUUCUUCCAAAGUGGCUGGUGAUGAAGAACCUAUGGAUUCCCACAGAGAGGAUGCUGUUGCUUGCAGUUUUGUAUUAAAAAAUGAAUCUGACAUCAGUCAAUCUGAACUGAAACCUCUGAGUGUGGAGGAGAUGGAGAGGGUGGAGACUGAAGAUAAUAACGAGGAGGAGGAAAUGAAAAAAGAAGUAACUAUGAAGAAAGUGGAGUCAGAGCCUCCCCAGACAUGUGUAGAUAAAGACAGUGCAGGAUCUAGUGAACGAUCAGAUUCAGCUAAACUUGUUCAUACAACACCCAAACCAGGAAAAGGGGCUGAUUUGAGCAAGCCGCCCUGUCGAAAAGCUAAGGACAUUCGUAAGGAAAGAAAAUUGCACAAGCUUCUUCAGAACCAGCCACACACAGUUGAAGGCUCUCCAAGUCAAGUGGAGCCUCCGGUUUUACUCUAUCAAAAUUCUAAAUCUAAAGCAAAUCAACCUAAGUCCCUUGAAGACUUCAUUUUUGUCUCCUUACCUGAUGAUGCCACACAUCACUUAGAGGUGAGGGUAGUGAGAUCAUCUCCACCAAGUUGCCAGUUCAAAGCCACAUUUCAGGAAUCUUACCAGGUCUAUAAACGUUACCAGAUGGCUAUUCACAAGGACCCACCUGAUAAACCAACCAUAAGUCAGGUGAGGUUAGUACCCGUCUCCUUUGAAGACCCACAGUUCAAUUCAUCCUUCAGCCAGUCAGCUACUUUAUUUGCCAAGUAUCAGAUGGCUAUACACAAGGAUACACCUUCUGAAUGUGGCGAGUAUGAGUUCACAAGAUUCCUCUGCGAUUCUCCACUUGAGGCAGAGAAUCCUCCCAGUGGUCCCGAUUGUGGUUAUGGUUCUUUUCACCAGCAGUAUUGGCUAGAUGGGAAGAUAAUUGCUGUGGGUGUAAUUGAUGUUCUUCCAUACUGUGUGUCCUCUGUGUAUCUGUACUAUGAUCCUGACUAUACCUUCCUAUCUUUGGGAGUCUACUCUGCAUUAAGGGAAAUUGCUUUCACGCGGCAACUCCAUGAAAAAGCUUCUGAGCUGUGCUAUUACUAUAUGGGUUUCUACAUUCAUUCAUGUCCUAAAAUGAGAUAUAAGGGUCAGUAUAGGCCAUCUGACUUAUUGUGUCCAGAGACGUAUGUCUGGGUACCCAUUGAGCAGUGUCUACCUACACUUGAGCACUCUAAAUAUUGUCGCUUCAACCAGGACUUAAAAGCAGUUGAUGAAGGUUGUAUUAAAGAGCUGGGCCGAGUUCGGGUUCUUCACAAGAGAACUGUAAUACCUUACAGCAUGUAUAAGAAAAGACGGAAGGGGCCAAGCGAUGAAGCCAGCGUUCAGCAGUAUGCAAGUCUGGUGGGACAGACAUGUUCAGAAAGGAUGUUGUUGUUUAGAAAUUGAAGAGUUAUUAAAUGGCUCUUGUGUGCCACUAUAUUUUAUUGCACUGCUGUUGGAUGAUAAAUAAUACAGUUCUGUAGGACUAUUAAAAUAGAGCAGUAUAAAAUAUAGGUAUCUGUAAUAGGCUAUUGUGAAUACAUGCUAGUAUACUUACAAGCAAAAUCCGUUAACACUUCAAAUGAUUUACAGCAAGGCUUCAGCAAUAUGUAGAGUGUCUUAGCUAAACUUGCUUGCAGGAAAUUUUUAAAAUUAGGUACUUUUGGCCUUUCUUUGCAUUCUGAAUACCUUAAAGUACCCAAGUGAACUGAAUACCAAUUUAUUAUUUUUUUAUGUAGAGGCAAAGGUUAACUGUAACUCUCCCCCAGAUGAACAGUACAUCUAUUAGAAAAUCUCUCAUAUGGCUCCCUGGAAAUCUGUGAUAAAAAUUGUGGAAGUUGUAGUGAAAUGUGUGUAACUCUUAGGUUUGUACAUGAACUAUUGCAAGAGACUUGAAGUGUGCAGUUACUUAAUACAGAAUGCUGCACUAUUAUAUCAUACAGUUUAUUACCAUGUAAUGUAAAUAUAUACAGGGGCUCAUAAUUUCACUGGAACCAUUUUAUGUUAUUUUUAAAUAAUGUGUAUUACAGUGACGGAGCUCACACUGAACUUGGAAAUUAGAUUGAUUUCUCAAUGAAAAGGGUGAUAAAGUUUUGGAAAGCUUUCCCCUUUAGAGAUAAAACUGAGUAGUUCCGUUAUAAAAUUACCAAAGAGAUACUGCUAAGUGGUACAGUGAGUAAAUAUGCUAGCCUUAUACUUUUGAAAAGGGUUCAUAUCGGAAUGUGGAUCACAUGUGUAAAUGAGUUUGGUAGUUAGCUCAUGCUCAUGUGUCCAUAUUACAAAACCAUACUCAAAAAACACCCAGGCCUUGACGUGAAGUACCACUGCUAUUCCACAUUGAGGUUCAUUUGAAGAAUUGUGUGGGGAAGCUUGCACAGCACCUACCUAUUCUGUACGCCUUAUAGCUAAGAGUGUUAGCAUCCCUGGCUUUCAUUUACACUGCAGCCACUCAUAGGAUGACACAUUUCAUUUUAUUUUUGAAUAAAUAUUUGUACUAGUUUAAAAAUUCAAGAGGUUAUGUUGCUUUAUUAUAAGCACUAUAUUAUCUCAUAUAUUUGAAUAUUAUGUGUGCUCUUUUGCCAUCUUUGUGUCAGUAUCAGCUGAUAGAACCCAGUUUUUAGAUAGUUCAUUAAUAGAUUGCAAUAUCAUAAAACUCCACACAUUUGGAGUUUUGUUAAUGUUUUUGCUAAAGGAAUCAGUACUUAAACUGAAUCAGUUUGAAGUUACAUAUUAGCCUUUCAAGAAAGUGAUUCCUGUUGGGAAAAAAAGUGUCUUUAGGUGCUUACACUCUAAUGUACAUAACCUGUGGAUUUAAAAACCAUCUUCAAUCCUUCAGGAACUUUGAUUUAAUUUUAAAUAGGAGCCAUGUACAAACUUCGGCACUAAUGAUAAUUAAUUGGAAAUGAAACAAGAAUAGCUACUUGAAGUCGAAGCAAUGAAAUUCAAGAAGACAUUUUUUCUUCCAUUCUCCUCCCCCAUUUAUGAUGAUCAUAAUAUUGGUUUCAAAUUCAAGUUCAAGAAUAUUUUUGAGAACUCUUGUAUUUUACUCAACAUGGUUACUGCAUUGCUCUAGUCAAAGUCAAGUGGCAAUAAAGAAAUGAUUAUGGGUGUUAGCAUCACAUCAAAAGUAUGAUGGUCAAGCAGUUAGAAUUCAGAGGUAGUUUCCAUAUGCUGUAAUUCACAUAGUUUAUCCAUGAUUCAACUGAUGGUAUUUUCACAGAAGAAAUACCUACAGUCUUGUUUUUCAAUGUGGCCUAAACAGUUGAUCUCUUUCUAAAGAGGAAAUACUCUUCCUACACUGUGUUAAUGCUUCUUUGAGUGAUGCACAGUGACAACUCAAAUUAAAAUAUAAUAUUGAAAUGUAGUAAUAUCCAAAAAUAACUUUUAAUGUAAUAUACAUUUAUACAAAUUGAUCAGAAGGGCAGCAGCUCCCAGGGGUUUUGGUAUUAAAAUGCAACACUAUGGAUGGUAGGCUUCAGACUUACCAGGUUUAUUUUGGUUUGCGGACACUUGCGCAUUUCAUACUAAGCCCCCUAAUUGUCUGGGGUUAUUCUUUUGAAGAGCAGAGCUCUUGCUGUGCACUCAAUUAACGGAGGCACCGAAGGGUACAGAGAUGAUGCUCAAACUUAGGAUAGGCUUUUCCAAAGCACUCAGUGUUGGCCUAGCUCUACUCCCCUUGAAGUCAUUAGUUAAAGCUUGCAUUAAUUUCAAAGGGAGAAUAGCUAGGGUAAUGCUGAGUGCUUUUGGUCCCAUCCUUAAUGCCUCAGAUAGAUAUAUUAGUUUGGGUUUUUUUUAUUAAAGAAUGUUACAAUUCUUGGAAAGAUGCUUCGACCAGAUAUACAAUUAAAGAAAUAUGGGAUAUUUAACCAAUUGAAAUUGGAGGACUGUCAGGCUUGAUGUUGCCCUGUUUAGUUUGACAAGAGAAUGUACUUGUCCAUUUCCUAGAUGAACACUGAAUAGGUGUCGCCGCUCUCUGAAUUUCAUUUCAAUUGCAAUGCUACGGCUAUGUGGACUUUUGUAUUCUCUCUUUUAAACUUGACCACUUAGUUCAUCCAAUCUAAAAGACGGAGAUCUGAUUUAUUUUUUCUUUUCUGUUAUUUCAAAGGAGAUUAUUAAUACAGUAUUUGUCAGCACCGCUCACUCUACUCUUGUUUUGGAAAUGCUAAAAAAUACCUAGGGUGAAAUCAAUGGGAGUUUUGUCGUGGACUUCAGUGGGGCUGGGAUUUCACCACUAGUCAUUUUUGAUUUAGUAUAAUGUCAUGUCAUUGAGAACUACUGUAAUUAGAAGUUCUGAAUUUAGGAAAAAAUAUUUUAAACAUUACUUUUUUUUCAGUCAGUAAAAGCUGGAAAGAAUUAUUCCCCAAAUGCUAGGUUAACUUUUUAAAAAUCUAUGUGGUUUCUAAAUGAACAGAAAAAAGUCAAGAAAAUGCAAAAUGAUGGCAAAUACUAAUAGAAUAUUUAAUUUUAAUUAGAAUUAGCUGGGAAGCAUAUUAAUUUCCAGCAUCAAAAGACUUCAGCAAAUGUAAAGGAAAGACUUGCCUGCAUGUUGAGUUUAUUGUAUUUGUAACUGCUUUUCAGCCAGUCUGCU